CCCCCCUGCUGCAGAGAGAGAAAAUUACAUCGGAAUCCAUGCAGCCGGCAAUGAUGAUGUUUUCUAGUAAAUACUGGGCAAGGAGAGGGCUUUCUCUGGAUUCAGCAGUGCCCGAAGAGCAUCAGCUGCUUGGCAGCUUAACUGUUUCUACUUUCUUGAAGCUAAAUAAAACUAACGCUGGCAAAAAUGAUGAUAAAAAAGGCAACAAGGGAAGCAGCAAAAGUGACACUGCUACCGAGAGCAGCAAGAUGGCAGUUGUAUUCUCCUUGAAAAAUGAAGUUGGUGGAUUGGUCAAAGCACUGAAACUCUUUCAGGAAAAACAUGUCAACAUGGUUCAUAUUGAGUCCAGGAAAUCCCGGCGAAGAAGUUCGGAAGUUGAAAUCUUUGUGGACUGUGAGUGUGGCAAAACGGAAUUCAAUGAGCUCAUUCAGUCACUGAAAUUUCAAACCACAAUUGUGACGCUGAAUCCGCCAGAGAACAUUUGGACAGAGGAAGAAGGCAAGGCCAAGCUAGAGGAUGUGCCCUGGUUUCCCCGGAAGAUCUCUGAGUUAGACAAAUGUUCUCACAGAGUUCUCAUGUAUGGUUCUGAGCUGGAUGCCGAUCACCCAGGAUUUAAAGACAAUGUCUAUCGACAGAGAAGGAAGUAUUUUGUGGAUGUAGCCAUGGGUUAUAAAUAUGGUCAGCCCAUCCCCAGAGUGGAGUACACAGAGGAAGAAACUAAAACUUGGGGCGUUGUGUUCCGAGAGCUCUCCAAACUCUAUCCUACUCAUGCUUGCCGGGAGUAUUUGAAAAACUUCCCUCUGCUGACAAAAUACUGUGGCUACAGGGAGGACAACGUGCCCCAACUUGAAGACGUCUCGGUUUUUCUGAAAGAAAGGUCUGGCUUCACGGUGAGACCAGUGGCUGGAUACCUGAGUCCUCGAGACUUCCUGGCAGGACUGGCCUACAGAGUGUUCCACUGUACUCAGUACAUCCGCCAUGGCUCGGACCCCCUCUACACCCCGGAACCAGACACAUGUCACGAACUCCUGGGACAUGUCCCUCUACUUGCGGAUCCUAAGUUUGCUCAGUUUUCACAAGAAAUAGGCCUGGCAUCUCUGGGAGCAUCAGAUGAAGACGUUCAGAAACUAGCCACAUGCUAUUUCUUCACUAUUGAGUUUGGCCUUUGCAAGCAAGAAGGGCAGCUGCGGGCAUAUGGAGCUGGACUGCUUUCCUCCAUUGGAGAAUUAAAGCAUGCUCUUUCUGACAAGGCAUGUGUGAAAGCCUUUGACCCAAAGACAACUUGCUUACAGGAAUGCCUUAUCACCACCUUCCAGGAAGCCUACUUUGUUUCAGAAAGUUUUGAAGAAGCCAAAGAAAAGAUGAGAGACUUUGCAAAGUCAAUUACCCGUCCCUUCUCGGUCUACUUCAAUCCCUACACACAGAGUAUUGAAAUUCUGAAAGACACCAGGAGCAUUGAAAACGUGGUGCAGGACCUCCGCAGUGAUUUGAACACCGUGUGUGAUGCCUUGAACAAAAUGAACCAAUAUCUGGGAAUUUGAUGUCUGGGACCUGUGUCAUUGCCAGCCUGAUCUUUUUGGGGCUUAGCAGCAAUUCAGUCAAUGUCAUAUAACACCAAUAGCUU